AUGGGGAAUCAGCUCAUGGGAUUUUGGGGUUUAGCAGUGCUAAUUGGUUUGUUGCUCCAAAUUAGCCAAUGGGGUGUGGAAAGUUUUGAUUUUGAUGAGUUCUUUUUCAAUAGAACUGAAGUUUCAUCUCUCUCAGAGUCAGCCUAUGGUGUUAGUAAUGGUGCUGCUCAGCCUUUAAUGGUGGGUAUUACCCUCAUUGAAAGAGCUGCUGCUCAAGGGGCUGUAUGCUUGGAUGGAACAUUACCUGCUUAUCACUUUCAUCCAGGAUUUGGGUCUGGGGCAAACAGCUGGCUUGUCCAAUUGGAGGGUGGAGGAUGGUGCAACAACGUCAGAUCAUGUGUUUUCAGGAAAACAACAAGACGAGGAUCUUCAAAAUUCAUGGAGAAGCAGCUGGCAUUUACAGGGAUACUUAGCAACAAACCUGAAGAAAAUCCAGACUUUUUCAACUGGAACAGAGUAAAGGUUCGUUAUUGUGAUGGAGCUUCAUUUGCAGGGGAAGGUGAAGAUAAGGUUGCACAAUUACAAUUCAGAGGACAGCGCAUAUAUCGGGCUGCAAUGGAAGAGUUAAUGUCAAAGGGCAUGCGUUUUGCAGACAAUGCCCUUCUUUCAGGAUGCUCUGCUGGUGGCCUAGCUUCUAUAUUGCACUGUGACGAGUUUGGGGAGAUGUUCUCAAGAAAUACUAAAGUCAAAUGUCUCGCUGAUGCUGGAUUAUUUAUGGAUGCGGUUGAUGUAUCUGGGGGACGCUCACUAAGAAACUUCUUCAAUGGUGUGGUAACCAUGCAGGGCGUCGAGAAGAACCUGCCUGGCACUUGUACUAGCCGCAUGGAUCCAACUUCAUGCUUCUUCCCUCAGAACUUGAUUGCCAACAUCAGGACCCCACUUUUUCUUCUUAAUGCUGCCUACGAUGCAUGGCAGGUCCAAGCAAGUUUGGCUCCUCCCACGGCUGAUCCUCAUGGAGCUUGGCGUGAUUGCAAAUUGAAUCAUCAACGAUGUUCUGCAACUCAAAUCCAAUUCCUGCAAGGUGAGAAAGUUCACCACCCCAUUGCUAUAGUUACAACGUUUGUACUUGGCAUCCAAAAUGUAAGCAAUAAAUUGCAAUUGCUGAGGAACAAGGUUACCUUAUUGGAAAUAGCUUAUGCAUUAUAA